CCAUUCACGCUCUCGAGCCGCCGAUUACAAAUUCGCACCCACUCCGCCGCUGUGCUCUCUCCCUCCCCUUCUUGCUUUUAUCAAGUCAACCAUGGUGUCCAAGAGCUCGCGCGGCCCCGGCAUGGCCGCCGGCGGCAGCGAGGCGGAGGAGGCGCUCCUGCUGCCGGAGCGCGUCGUGGGGGACCUCGCGGGGGCGCCUCCCGGCAACGCGUCGGUCCUCGGCGCGGUGUUCAACGUGUCGACGAGCGUGGUGGGCGCCGGGAUCAUGUCGAUCCCGGCGGCCAUGCGGGUGCUCGGCGUGGCCCCGGCCCUGGCGCUCAUCGUGUGCGUCGCGCUCCUCGCCAACGUCGCCGUGGACUUCAUGCUCCGGUACACCCGGGGCACGCCGUCGUACGCGGCGCUGAUGGGCGGCUCGUUCGGCCGGGCCGGCGCCAAGCUGCUCAACGUCUUCAUCGCCUUCAACUGCGUCGGGACCCUCACCGUCUACCUCAUAAUCAUCGGGGACGUGAUGUCCGGCCCCGUGGGCAGCGGGGAGGCGCACGCCGGGGUGCUGCCGGAGUGGUUCGGCCCGCACUGGUGGACCGGCCGGGAUGCGGUGCUGGUGGCGGCCGCGGUGAUUCUCCUGCCUCUUGUGCUCCAGAAGCAUGUAGAUUCGCUGAGGUACACAUCGGCAGUGUCCAUCCUUCUGGCGGCGGUGUUCAUGCUCAUCACGAUGGGGAUCGCGGUCUACACUGUCUUCACCGGCACCGCGAAGAUGCCGCGGAUGCUGCCGGACUUCUCCACCCUCGCGUCCCCCUUCGAGCUCUUCACCGCCGUCCCGGUCAUCGUCGUCGCCUUCACCUUCCACUUCAACGUGCACCCGAUCCGCGCGGAGCUCAGCAAGACGUCGGACAUGAAGUCGGCGGUGCGCAUCUCGCUGGUGCUCUGCGCCGCCAUCUACGCCGCGGUGGGCUUCUUCGGCUUCCUCCUCUUCGGGGACGCCACCAUGCCCGACGUGCUCGCCAACUUCGACCGCAGCUCCGGCUCCGGCGUCCCGCAGGCGCUCAACGACGCCGCGCGCCUCAGCUACGCGCUGCACCUCGUGCUCGUCUUCCCGCUCCUCCACUACUCGCUCCGCGUCAACGUCGACGAGCUCCUCUUCCCAGGCCGCCGCCCGCUGGCCACCGACACGCGCCGCUUCGUGGCGCUCACGGCCGUGCUCAUGGCGGUGCUCUACGUGCUCGCCAUCGCCAUCCCCAGCAUCUGGACGCUCUUCCAGUACUCGGGCUCCACGUUCGCCGUCUGCAUAUCGCUCAUCUUCCCUGGCGCCAUCGUUCUCAGGGAUGUUCACGGAAUAGCGAAGAGGAAAGACAAGGCAAUGGCAGCGAUGAUGAUCACUCUGGCGGUGAUCACGAGCAGCAUCGCCAUUGCUUCCAACGUCAUGAGCUCCAUCAAGGGCGAAGUGAAAGGUGUUAAUGCCGGAGCUAGCUAGCAUGUACAGUUUCAUUAUUUAUAUAGCUAUAAUAUAAAUCAAAAUUCUUUCACCCGCAAAAAAAAAAAAGAGUUCCUCCGCUUUAGGUUUUGAUCGUGGAAAAUGUCACACGAGGCAUUGUGUAUGUUGUCUGUAAGAACUAGCAAAUGGCAGUCGGCCGUUGUUGUAUAAAACAGUUGCCAUACAUUUACCGUGUAUAAAUAUCAGGCGAAGAAAAAAAACGCUUUUUGUCA